AUGAAAGGUGGUGGUGGAAUUAUAGUAGGAGCAGUCAAGAGCAACUGUUGUUGUAAUUGGUUGAUUAAUUUUGGUUUUGGAUUAUUAUUAUUAUUCUUACUUCUUCAUCUUCUCAUUAUUAUUGUUUUUUCUCGGUUCUUUUAUUAUUCUUCUUUGUUGUUGUUGUUCUUUUUCAAUCCCUCAUCACACGCUGCUUUUCUAUUUUCCUUUUACCUUAAUUUAUUAUUGUUAUUGUCAAUUUCGUCAUUCGCUAAUCCUUGUUCUGCCUUUUUUCCAUUCCUUGACUAUCACGGAAUUUUGGUUCAAGAAGAGAGAGAAAGCCGUAGAGAUAGAAACACAAACUCAAUUGAUUCUUUUCGGGUACCCUAAUUUUGGUGUUGCUUCGUUUGGUUUCUUUCUUUUAUUUGUUUUCUCUAGCGUGUUCUGCGAUUUCUAGGGUUUGUGAAAGGGGGAAUCACGGAUAGAGGGAGAAAGUUUCGAUCUUUGAUCGAUUUUCGUCGAUGGAGGGGGAGGGUGGUUCAGAGGGAGAGAAUAAUCAGAGAAGGGGUGGCACAGAUGAUAAUAGCAAUGAAAACUUCAAUGGAAGCAAUAGCAAAGUUGCGAAUUCCAAUGAGGGGCAGAGCAAGCCCAAGCGCCAGAUGAAGACACCCUAUCAACUCGAAACCCUCGAGAAAGCUUAUGCCUUGGAGACGUACCCUUCUGAGGCUAUGAGGGCCGAGCUAUCGGAGAAAUUGGCGUUGUCUGAUCGGCAGCUGCAGAUGUGGUUCUGCCACCGGAGGCUGAAAGACAAGAAAGACUUGCCCCCCAAGAAGCCGCCGAAGAAGGCCGUGGAGAAAGUGCGGGAGCCAGAGCCUGAACCAGUGCCGGAUUCCCCAGUGGAUGACCACAGAUUGGGCCCCGAGCUAGGCGAUGAGGAUGGAUCCGGGUCUGGUUCUGGGUCAAGCCCGUUUACCCGGUCAGAGUCCAGGAGUGUGGCGCCGCGGGGUUAUUAUGAAUCACAGCAGGCUGCGCUGGAGCUCAGAGCAAUUUCUUGUGUGGAGGCACAGUUAGGGGGGCCAUUGAGGGAAGAUGGACCCAUUCUAGGAAUAGAGUUUGAUGCAUUGCCACCAGAUGCAUUUGGGGCGCCCUUAGCAACCAUUGCAGAACAGCAGAAGCGACCAAGUCAUGCCUAUGACAGUAAAGUUUAUGAAAGACAUAAUGCUAGACCAAAUAAGGCUAUGGCAAGGGCAUUCCAUGAAUAUCAAUUUCUACGGAACCAGGCAGGCCCCAGGUCUGAUGGUUUUGGACAAUAUCCCCAACAUCAUUUACAUGAUCCGAUGGAAGGUCCUGCAAGAAAUACCCAUUUUGCACAUGGAACUGAACAGUUACAUAGAAGUCAUGCUACCCAAGGUCAUUCUUCUCGAGUCCGUAUUUUACCUCAACAAGAUAAGCAAGGGAUUCCUCAUCCAUCUCCUCCUCAAGAUGAUGAUGUUGCUUCCCAAAAGCAAUUGCACACAAAUGUAGUGAACACUGGAGUGAACUCUCAUUCUACUGAUUACCAAAUUGUUGGGCCCGAAAAUCCCUAUAACCCACCAGGUGGACAAGUUUCCCAUAUCACUACAAUGCAGAUUGAGAAAAAACGAAAGAGUGAUGAUGCUAGAAGUGCAAGGGAAGUCGAAGCCCAUGAGAUGAGGAUCAAGAAAGAGCUUGAGAAACAAGAUAACCUUAGACGAAAGAAUGAAGAGCGAAUGAGGAAAGAAAUGGAGAGACAAGAUCGUGAAAGAAGGAAGGAAGAAGAAAGGUUGAUGCGUGAGAGACAGCGAGAAGAGGAAAGAUUAAGGCGUGAGCAAAAACGUGAACUCGAACGAAGGGAAAAGUUUUUGCUGAAAGAAAAUUUGAAAGCUGAGAAAAUGAGGCAAAAGGAAGAGCUUCGCAAAGAGAAAGAAGCAGAGAGACGCAAAGCUGCCUUGGAAAAGGCAACUGCUCGUAGAAUAGCUAAGGAAUCCAUGGAACUAAUUGAAGAUGAACAACUGGAAUUGAUGGAGCUUGCUGCUUCAAGCAAGGGAUUGUCCUCUAUAAUUCAUCUUGAUUUUGAUACUCUGCAAAACCUUGAAUCAUUUAGGGAUUCAUUGUGUGUUUUCCCACCUAAGAGUGUAAAGCUAAGAAAACCAUUUGCGAUCCAACCCUGGAUUAACUCAGAAGAGAAUGUUGGCAACCUUCUCAUGGUUUGGAAAUUUUUGAUUACUUUUGCUGAUAUUCUUGAGUUGUGGCCUUUUACUCUCGAUGAGUUUGUGCAAGCUUUCCAUGAUUAUGAUUCAAGACUGUUGGGUGAAAUACAUGUUGCUCUCCUUAAGGUGAUAAUAAAAGACAUUGCAGAUGUUGCAAGGACACCUUCCACUGGAUUAGGAAUGAGCCAAAAUGGUGCAGCUAAUUCAGGAGGUGGCCAUCCAGAAAUUGUGGAAGGGGCAUAUGCAUGGGGCUUUGACAUACGUAAUUGGCAUAAGCACUUAAAUCAGUUGACAUGGCCAGAAAUUUUUCGACAGCUAGCAUUAGCAGCAGGUUAUGGACCACAGUUGAAGAAAAGAAAUAUUACAUGGUCAUAUGCAAAUGAUAAAGAUGAGGGCAGGAGUUGUGAAGAUAUCAUUUCUACACUUAGAAAUGGUUCAGCAGCUGAACAUGCUGUGGCAAAAAUGCGGGAGAGAGGUCUACUAGCACCUCGGAAAUCAAGGCACCGCUUAACUCCUGGAACAGUAAAGUUUGCUGCAUUUCAUGUUCUCUCACUUGAAGGUGGUGAAGGAUUGACAGUACUAGAACUUGCAGAAAAAAUUCAGAAAUCCGGCCUUCGGGACCUGACAACUAGCAAGACACCAGAGGCCUCGAUUUCUGUCGCUUUGACAAGAGAUGCUAAGCUUUUUGAAAGAAUAGCUCCAUCGACAUACCGCGUACGUACUGCAUUUAGAAAGGAUCCAGCGGAUGCUGAGUCUAUUCUUUCAGAAGCAAGAAAGAAAAUUCAGAUAUUUGAAAAUGGGUUUCUAGCUGGGGAAGAUGCUGAUGAGGUUGAACGAGAAGACGAUAUUGAAAGAGAUGAUGUUGAAAGAUAUGAUGAUGUAGAAAGAGAAGAAGAGUCAGAAAGUGAAGAAGUUGAUGAUGAUCCUGAAGUUGACGAUUUGCUAGGUCCUUCAAGUGCUAACAAAACAUCUGUUCUCUGUGAUGAUUUCUCAUCUAUUGGAAAAGAAAGUUUGGGUCAUAAGGUAGAACUUAUUCAAGAUCAGUUUGAGAAGGAUCUUCCGGAGAAUGGUACUAAGGAUGUGGACGGUUCUAAAGAUGCUCAUCUUCCAGAUGCUAUCACUGGACAACCCGUUAUUACAAACUUUGAGGAAGAUAAUAUGGAAAUUGAUGAAAGCAAGACUGGAGAGUCAUGGGUUGAAGGGCUUGCAGAAGGAGAAUAUUCUGAUCUCAGUGUAGAGGAACGUUUAAAUGCUCUUGUUGUAUUGGUUGGUGUGGCAAAUGAAGGAAAUUCAAUCCGCGUUGUUCUUGAGGAUCGUUUGGAAGCAGCAAAUGCUCUGAAGAAGCAAAUGUGGGCAGAAGCUCAGAUAGAUAAAAUUCGACUGAGAGAUGAUAAUGUAAAUAAAUCAGAUUUUCCAUCUAUCAAUGGGAAUAAAGUUGAACCACAAUACACAAGUCCUGCUGUGGGGGGGAACCAGAGCCCAUUGCUUGACAUAAACAUUGACAAUAAUAAUAAUAAUGAGGCAUCGCCUAGCACUGCAGAAAAUAAAAAGGCUGCAGUUGUACAGAACCUUGCCAUGGAAAAGCCCUCAAUAGGUCAAGAUUACUGCAUUGGUCCAGAUAACCCUCAAACUCAACUAUCUGCUCCCUAUUCGAAAAGGUCUCGUUCUCAGUUGAAAUCAUAUAUUUCUCACAUGGCAGAAGAGAUGUCCGUAUACAGGUCUUUACCCCUUGGUCAAGAUCGCAGACAUAAUCGUUAUUGGCAAUUUGUUGCAUCUGCUUCUUGCAAUGAUCCUGGCUCUGGCAGGAUCUUUGUUGAAUAUCUUGAUGGCAAUUGGAGGCUUAUUGAUUCUGAAGAGGCCUUUGAUGCUCUUUUUAAUUCACUGGAUUUGCGUGGGAUCAGGGAAUCUCAUUUGCGCAUAAUGUUGCAAAAGAUUGGAAGUUCCUUCAAAGAAAAUGUUAGGAAGAAUGCACAAUCUGCCAAUAUUGGAAGCAGAGAUGAAACUAAUAUUAAAAAUGAAGCUGAUGAAGCAGAGUCCAGUCCUGAUUGCCAUGCAUUGUCUGACAGUCCCAGCAGUACACUCUGUGGCUUGAACUCUGAUACAUCUGAAACUUCUUCAUCAUUCAAAAUUGAGCUUGGGAAAAGUGAGAGUGAGAAGAAAGGUGCCUUGAGAAGGUAUCAAGAUUUCCAGAAAUGGAUGUGGAAAGAAUGCUAUAACUCAUCCAUAUUAUCUGCAAUGAAAUAUGGGAAAAUGAGAUGCAAACCUCAGGUGGACAUCUGUGAUAUCUGCCUCAACCCUUAUUUCUUUGAAGAUUCCCAUUGCAAUUGUUGCCAUCGUACUUUUCCCUCAAAUAACGGAUUUAAUUUUUCAAAACAUAUAUUUCAAUGUGGGGGCAAGUUGUCCAAAGAUAUUUGUAUUCUGGAUUGUUCUCUUCCCUUGCGGACAAGAUUGCUUAAGGCCCUGCUGGCUUUUAUUGAGGCAUCUGUUCCCUCCGAAGCAUUUCAAUCAACUUGGACAGAAGAUACUAGAAGGCAUUGGGGUUUGAAGUUAAGCAAAUCAUCUUCUGUCGAGGAACUUCUUCAGUUAUUGACUGUGUUUGAGAGAGCAAUAAAGCGAGAUUUUUUAUCGUCAUCCUUCUCAACAACACAAGAAUUGUUGGGAUCAAGCAGCAUGUCAGAGAGUGCUUUUACCGAUCCUGAAUCUGUUGCUGUACUUCCAUGGGUUCCACAGACCACCUCAGCUGUGUCUCUCAGACUCUCCGAGUUUGAUGCGUCCAUUAGCUAUGUUCAGCUUGAAAAAUCUGAGCAUCGCAGGGAGAAAGAAACUAUAGAAUACAUGCUUCCUUCAAGAUCUAAUCCUUUCAAAUCUAGUAGAGUAGUGGAACCAGCAGACUUGGACCAUGAUGAAUUCAUGAAAGUUAGGUCUGCUCCCAUGAAAAUUGUACAAAGUGGCAAUAAACGUGGACGGGGGAAUAGUGAUAAAGGACGGGGUAAAAAGAUAGCUAAAAGAAUGCAUGAUUCCAAACAAGAUACUGGCCGCCGCAGUGUUAAGGUCACAGAGAAUCUUAGUCAAAGACUAAAACAGCAGGGGCGAGGAGCACAAGGACAAAGUGGUGGACGUGGUCGCCGAACUGUCAGGAAAAGACGAGUGGAAAAGAGGGCUGUUGAAGAUUUGCUGCUGGGCCACAAGGCUGGCACACACAGUUCCAAUAUUGUUAGAGAACCAUUGAGAAACCUGGAUGAGGAAUGGGAUGAUGAUGAAAAGGCAAGUCCCAUGACUUCCAUCCACAUGGGGGCUGUCGACAAUAGUAACAGUGCUGAAGAGGCAGAUUCUGAUGACAAUGCUCAAGUAGCAGAGUCCAACGACAAUGCUCAAGCAGCAGAUUCGGAUGAAAAUGCUCAAGAAGUGGAUUCCGAUGACAAUCCUCUAGAAGUGGACUCAGAUGACAAUGCUCAAGCAGUGGACUCGGAUGACAAUGGCCAAGCAGUGGAAUAUGAUCAAGGAAACUGGGGAAUAGGUUUCAAUAACACCCCCAACAGGUGGAGUAGGGAUGUGGUUGGAAUGAUCGAUGAAGAUGUAGAAGCUUCAGACGAGGACAAUGACAACAAUGUUGGGCUUGAAGAGAACGAAGAGGAAGAAUCAGAGGGUGAUGAUGUUAUGAGUGAGGAGGGUUCAGAUGGAAUUGCAGAUAGAGUUUUGAAUGAUGACUCGGACUCUGAUGAUUCUGAAGAUUCAUCUGAUUAGAACAAUGUUUUUGAUUCAACGGAAGGAACGGGUUGGAUGUGGAGGCUGCAUUACAUUUUUGAUAUUGCAGCUUUAAUACUAAGUAUGAAGCACCAAGUCAUGCCAUUCCGUGGCUUGAAACUGAGAGUAGACAGAGAGAUACAUUGUAUAUUAUCCAUUGCAAAAAUGGAGCUUUGUAAUUUUAAGCACUCUGAAACGGAGGGAGGGCCUUUAAGGCCGCCCUUACCCUUAUUGCUUCUUUUCUGGUUAUAGAUAUUCAUUAAUUAAUAAAGGUCUUAUACCUUAGUUAUUAUUUAAGUCAAUGAUAUAGCUAUUUUGAGUU